AUGAACCGACCCACCCAAACCACCCGGUUUGCAACUGACGCUCCAAAAACUUCGUCUCAGCAAGUUGUAUAUGCUACUGGAAAUACUACCACCACCGCUGCCUCGCAACAAGCUUACCUUGCACGGGUCGAAGAAGAAUGGAAUAAGCGUCUCGACACCGAGAUAGACCAACUGGCUGCUUCUUUCCACACCAUUAUUAAAGCGUCUGGCUUCACAGAGUUUGUGAGGGCUCCCGGUGCAGAUUAUGACAGGCAAAUUGAAAAGGACAAAUACCGAAACUCGCUUGAUGGAUAUGUGGCCGAAUUGAAAGCCGCCAACAUUGCCAAAAACUGCGAAGCUCUGUUGAGUCUAACACACGAGCUGAAAACGGCAUUCCUUCUGAAUGAUACAGAAACACUCAUGCAAUAUAGUCAACGGCGUAAGAAAGAAUUAACUGCGCGAAAGGAAAAGAUAAAACGGAAAGUAUUGGAAUUAAAUGAUGAAUUGGCGGAAGCGAUCUGGGAGAUGGAGAGCGUGUUGGGUGGAGGAAAAGGAGAGGUUUUGUGA